GAUACGUUAUUCGAUGAUCCAGUUGUCUUUUGUGAGCCAAGAAAGAAAAAUUAUUUUUACCAUGGUGGCGAAUUUCAAAGUUUACAAAAAAAGUUCGCCUAACGACAAGCUGACAGUUUAUCUGGGCAAACGUGAUUUCAUCGACUAUCUGUCGGGUACCGAACCCGUGGAUGGAGUGAUUAUGAUCAAUCAAGACUAUGUGAACGACAACAGAAAGGUGUGGUGCCAGCUAAUGUGCAGCUUCCGAUAUGGUCGUGAGGAAGAUGAGGUGAUGGGUCUAAAUUUUCAGAAGGAUUUGUAUUUAGCGUCCGAACAAAUCUUUCCGCAAGUUAAGAAACCCGAAGCGAAUCUUACUAAGCUGCAAGACAGAUUACUGAAGAAACUGGGCUCGAACGCAAUUCCCUUCACUUUCACGUUUCCGCAGUCUUCGCCAUCUAGUGUAACUCUUCAACCCGGACCCGAUGAAACCGGCGAACCCUGCGGUGUCAGUUACUAUAUAAAAGUAUACUGUGGUGAAACGGAGACCGAUUUGACUCACAAACGCAGCACCGUCUUAAUGGGCAUCCGAAAAAUUCAGUACGCACCUACGAAGCAAGGCCGUCAACCGUGUACUGUGGUGCGAAAGGAUUUCUUGAUGAGUCCGGGCGAACUCGAACUCGAGGUCACACUAGAUAAACAAUUAUACCAUCACGGCGAGACAAUUGCCAUCAACGUGUGCGUACGCAACAACAGCAACAAGAUCGUGAAGAAGAUCAAGGCGUUGAUACAGCAGGGCAUCGAUGUAGUUAUUUUUCAGAACGGCCAGUUUCGUGCGGUGAUCGCCGCUGUGGAGACGCAAGACGGCUGCCCCAUCAAUCCCGGUUCGAAUCUGCAAAAGGUGCUUUAUUUGAAGCCCGAUAUGGACAGCAACAAGCAGCGUCGUGGUAUCGCGUUGGAUGGUAUGAUGAAGCGAGAAGAAGGCGAACUUGCAUCCAGCACUUUGCUCAUCUCACCAGAUAUACGCGAUACUUUCGGUAUUAUUGUGUCUUACGCUGUGAAGGUCAAGUUAUAUCUAGGAGCUCUAGGUGGCGAAUUGACAGCCGAGUUACCGUUUAUUCUCAUGAGACCCAAGCCGUCCGAUCGUGUAAAGCUGGUUCCCACUGACAGCGUAAUGAUCGAGGACAUUCCAGAGAAGGAGGGCAAAGUUAACGCCUAAAUUAACAGUUUGAUCCUAAAAAAUCCUUGUCUUUAUUAUAUAAUUAAGUUGCUCCCAAAUUGUUAAUUAACAUAUUAAGCGGACUUGAGAGAAUGAAUUUUGGACAAUGUAAUCUCUACAACAUCUUACAAUUAGUCAAAAAAAAAAAAAAAAAAACUAAGGAAAGCGUCAAUGCGGCGUCAUUAUAACGCUAAAGGAGUCUGUAAUAUCGAUCGAACACAAGAUUACGCAAUUUUCCAUUUUUGCUAGGAUCAAUAAACGGCUUUCUAAAAAAAAGAAAAGAAAACAGUCUAAAGAUUCCCUGCUAAUACCUGACAGCUUUAUUAAAACCCAAGAAACCAAAAUCUAUAAUUUUGCACAUUCGGUCGGUAUUUAGAUUUAAAUUCGUUGAAGUUUUAUGUCGCAUAUGCUUCCUUAUAUAUAAUAUAAAUAUUAGUAUUAAGAUUAUAAUAGUUUCACCAACUAAAAGAAUCGCAUAUUAAAUAUAUAAAACAGUAAACUGUAUAGAUUAACUGUAUAGAUUACUUGUAUGAGAAUAAAUUAUAUUUUAGCAACA